UUAAAUGGCAGGAAGAAAUCGAUAUCCGUCAGACGGGCGGCCUUGUGGGGCCCAUGUCAUGCCACCUCAUCAUGACAAUAUGCUGGAAGAAGAACUUGAAAUGCAACAUCAUGAAAUUGGCAGGCUUUUAGGCGAAAAUCGAAGAUUAGUUGAAGACCGGAUUGGGCUGCAACAAGAAUUAAGUGGCGCACGAGAAGAAUUUAGGCGAAUGAACAUUGCAAUUACUGAAAUUCAAAAAGAAAAUGAAAUGCAUUCGCGGCAACUUAUUGAGAGUGGUUUGAAACUUGAAGCUGAUAUUCGGGCCACUGAACCGCUUAAAAAAGAGGCUGUGCAACUUCAUGAUGAAGUAAAAUGGCUUAAUUCUGUUACGCGUGAUUUAUAUGGGCAGAUCCAGACUCUCACAAAAGACCUUGCGGAACUGCAAGCUGCGAAUAACCAACUUCCAGCUUUAAGAAAAGAGCUUGAUGAAUUACACAAGAAGCUUCGCCAUGCUAGAGAUGCUAUUGGUUACGAGAAGAAGGGAAAUACCGAGCUUUUGGACCAAAAACACGCAAUGGAAAAGAAUUUGGCUUCUAUGGCAAGGGAAGUUGAAACGCUUCGGGCAGAACUUUCAAAUCCUGAUAUUAGAUCGUGGGGUCCCGGUAUGUAUUAUGUAAUUAGUUCUAAUGGUCCGUUUUCUACUCCACGGGCAGAGCUCGAGAAAUCUUGAACGACGGGUCGAUAAAAUGUGGAUAGUUCAGUUUGAAGUUACAUAUUCUCUCUCACUCAUGAAUGGGUAAAUGACCCAUCCCAUGGUAUAGCUAGGUGAAAAAGGACUUUUGGGUACUACCACUUGCAACAAUGAUUCUCUUAUAUAAGUUUUGGUUAAUUUCAUGAGAACUACCAUCACAUGUGAUUUCACAUUGUGCGGUUUAACUUUAAGGUUGUAUUAUUCUAUAAAUCUUAAAGACGAGGAGAGUUUUA